UUGGUGGUGUCUCUGCUUUCGUGUACUUUCGUGACCAACAUCGUGUCAUGGUGGGGAUGGACGUAGAUAGUAGCGUUACCUAUCUACAGAAAUAGAGUGGCCAUAUAAACACGCAUAGUAGCUUUGAGUGGCUCCCUCCAAGUGAAGGGCGUUUUAAAGUUGCAUGGGACUGGUGGCUCGGUCCGGUGGUCACCCGGCACCGCCAUGGUUUGGGACUGGAUCAAGUCAAACUAAAGCCAAAGGUCAAAACUCUGGAGCCACCCACCCACUCACCCAGCCUUUGGCCUGCUGUGGAUUGGAUUUGGAUUGAGCUCCUGACAAGCCCGGCCCAGCCAGUGGGCCUGGCUGCCUGCAUGCGCAUGCACACACAUACGUACGUAGGCAUAGAGGCAUAGAGGCAUAGAGGCAUAGAGGCAGGCAGGCAGGCAGGCAGGUAGACACUUGUGGCCUUGUGAUUGAUGCCCCCGGACUCCCUCCCCCUUGAAAAACCAUCAACCAUCGAUAACUGUCAAGGGACCAGUUCGUGGGUCCGACUUCUCUAUCCACUCAACCAACGAGGAGUUUGCCACGUCAUCUUGGGGUGGGAAUUGGCCAUCUAUCGCCGUACCUCGGUCGGUUGACCACCCUGCGGAUUUGCAUUGGGCCACGGGUGUUCCGCUGAUGGGUGAUGGAUGGAGGCGGGGGCCCGCUCAAUCCGCGACUCGGGUCUUAAAUCUGGCCGACGAAGCUUUUCAAUCUUCCACAUUCUCGCCAUUCUGGCCAGUACGGGGAUCCGCCGUUUGAAGCUCACCGGUUUGGCCAUGGCCAGGCGUCCAGGGACUGGGACCGGUUUAGCGCCCUCGGGCUUAGUGUGGGUGAUUGGGUGGGCGAUGGUGGGCGUGCAGGCGGAAAACGCCUCGCUGGCCUCGCCCUCCGGCUUAACCUUACUGACCCGCGCUUGCCAAAGCGUGUACCCGCUCAGUGAGUUGGCCUCGGAUUUCCAGUCCUGUCAAAACAUUUCGGCCUUCAACAAUGACAAGUCGGACUUGAGAAGCGUGUUCCAUUACGGCACGUGUCAAGCCGUGGAGCUGCAUCUCCAGCUUCUGUGUCGGGGUGCGUCGCCCGACUUGAAGGCCCAGACGCCCGUGUCGCUCUCCGAUAUCCGGGCCUAUCAGUCGGAUCAAGUGUGUCGCGAUUUGAAAGCGAGCGUGCCCGCCAUUGAUUGUGAGCGGGUCCAUCUCAUUUUGGGCCUCACUUUAGUCGAAUGUCAGAAACAUGAGAAGCUUCGCCAAAUUUUGGACGACCACCCGCCAGUUUGCUCCGGCUUUUGUCGGCCCGCGCACGCCAAUGGCUCGGUCACUUUGACGCCCUUGUGUGGACAUUUGUACUUCACCAGCCGCCGUCUGCGCCAAGCACUGCCACAGUUUCUGCUCCAGGGCAUGGCCCCGUCUGAGCGACCCGCCGUAUCCGUGGGUUCAGGGUUGGUCAUUCCGCCCAAAAUGAUGCCGCACCAACGCACCAGUAAUGCGAGUCUGCCCGGUCCAGAUCAGGUGGAGUCCGCCCACGUCAUUGAUUCUCGCAAACACGCAGAGUUACCCCUCAACCCAUCCCAACCCGAAGUUCCGGAACCGAAUCCCGGCGAGAUUGGUGACAAGAUGGAUCCAUUACAGAGUGCAUUGCCUGAUGCCUCCCCAGUACAAGUCCAAGAGCCGCCUGUGGUUCAAGUAGGUCAGGCGAGCCACUCCACGACGACUGAAAGGGUACUCUCCAGUUUGCCUGUCGUGACCAAAUCGGGGGAAGACAUCCCCGUCCCCAAGCCAGCCGAUCCUGAUCAAUCUCAAGACUCGUCCCACUACGCCAAAGAGAAGUUUCGCACUUUUCACGAGGGCGAAUCUCAAUCGCAGGCUUUCAGCUACUUGAUCUUGUUCCUCAUCAUGGGUUUGGUCUUCUACUUGGUGUUUCAUAACAAGAAGAAGAUUUUGGCCUUGGCUCUUGAAGGCCGACAAGGACGUCAAAGUGGAGGUCGUCAGAGGCACAGAGGAGCCAGGUACCACAAACUUGACAAUAAUCUGGAAGAAGCCAUGGGGAGCAAUUCAUCGGAUUCCAUGCGACAGAUCAUCUAUUGAGAAUAGCACAGUUUUUGGAGUGUGGAGAGUGUGUCGUCAAGUUUGCUGUGAUAGCCGAAUUGAACUUGUUUAUUGACUUUAAAAGAAAGAUAUGAAAGGAACACAUCGUUUUAA